CCUCGUGAUGGAGUUUGUCAGUGGGGGCUGCCUGUGGGAUCAGCUGGUAAAGAACGACCACCUAGAGAUGAGCAGAGUUUUGUUUUAUUCAGCAGAGAUGGCAUGUGGCCUGGAGUUCCUGCAUAGUAGAAACAUCACUCAUCGAGAUCUGAAACUAGAAAAUAUUUUGCUGGACCAACAAGGCCACAUCAAAAUAUCAGAUUUUGGCCUAGCAGUAGAAACAUCAUUUGGAGAAAAAAUCACCGGUGAGACAGGAACCCUAGGCUACAUGGCACCAGAGGUGAGGAAUGCAGUUCUAGUGUACUUUUAGCAUAGAUCCUGCAACAGAACCAAUGCCUGGGGAAUACCCUCAAAAUAUUGUGAUUAUGAUGUAUAUUUCAAUCAGAAGCGGUUAUUCACAAUUAUUGGGAUACCUAGUAAAGCUAAUGUGUAGUGAAUGGCACAACUGCAAUUAAUACAUUGCACUUGAAAUGGCUGCAAACUUGGCCUUUGAUCUGAACAUUUAAUCUGACCAUUUACUUUAAUAGGUGACAUUAAAUGAGAUGUAAAAUUAAACUUUUGUUAAAAGACAAAAUCUAAGCUAAUUUUUAAUACAUGUAAAUUGAAAAUUCACAGCUGUUUCUACUGAUUUAGUAUUGUUAAUGUUUUCAGAUUUGCAUAGCCUUUAUAGAAAGCCACAUAAUCACAAGACUAAAAUUAUUAAAAUGUCAAAAAGUCCAUAUAGAUAGUGACAAAUGGGGAGUUAUUAUACUAUAAACAUCAAUGAAAAAUCAUUUCAUUUUGACUAUGGCUAGAAUGUUGCACCAAUUCAGCGUAUCUGUUUUGUGAGACACAAAGUGCAACAUGUAA